GCCGCCACCGUCGCAGACUCCCAGAACGUCACGGCCCCAGACUUCAUCGGCAAAGCAGCCACAUCCCAACCCCUGCGCCCCAAAGAACGCUUCUCCCCAGACGCCCUCCACGCCCACAUUGACGGCGGCAACACCCGAAGCGACGACUACAUGGGGCCCCUCGGCGUCUCAUCCGUCGCCUCCUCGGCCGCCGUUCAAACAGGCUACAUGUUCUGGGAGAACAGCACGAGCCUCCUCGUCGCAAUGGAGUGCGUUUCGUCUCAGGCGCCCAUCGGCUUCUGCCUCGCGGCGGUAGACCCCGAGACCAUGGACGUGUUGACGCAGUGGACCGCUCCCGCGGGCCGCACCGCCAUCUCGACUUACUGGCAAGUCGUCGACAACCACGUCGUCAUGCCCACCCUCGAAGGCUUCAUCGUAGAGAUCCAACGCUUCGGCACGGGCGCCUCGACUACCUUCACCCAGGUCCGCGAGAUCGACGUCUCAGCUCGUCUCCCAUCGGGCUCCAUCAUCGCCAUGGCGGGCUACACGGACGACGACAACCUCUGGUUCGUCGCCACCCCUGCACCGCUCGUCGGUCUCCAGGGAACCAACACCACCACCGUAGGCUACGUCCAGCGCGACGGCACAAUCUUCAGCGCGUCUCUGGACAACGAAAUCGUCGAAAACGGCAUGGCCGUCAACGGGAAAAACAUCUACAUCAUUACAGGCCCCGCCGGCCCCGAAGACCACGCCGACGCCAGCGGCCACUUCUACGCCUUCCAAGCGGACACCGCCAACGGCGGCGGCGUCAUCGCGGCCUGGGACGAGACGUACCUCGCCGGAAGCGGCAUCAAGCCCGGCGGUCUCUCCCGCGGCUCCGGCGCGACGCCGGGCUUGCUCGGACAAAAGUACAUCGCCAUGACGGACAACGCCGACUCGCAAAUCAACCUCAACGUCUACCGCCAGGCCUCCGCCAUGACCGAGGGCCAGAACUCGAGCUUCGUCUGCUCUGUCCCGCUCUUCGAACCGGGCGCGAGUCUCAACGAGGCGUCGCUGACGACGCACUUUGACGGCACGACGUACAGCGCCAUCAUUGGCAACUGCUACAACUCGCCUUCCUUCCUGGACGUCAGCGACGACGAUAUCAACGGCAGCUUCAACAACCUCACACAAGUUGCUACCGGCGUCGCGCGCGUGCGGGUGAAUGCCGAUGAGAGCUGCGAGCUGGUGUGGGAUCUGCCCAUUGUCGCGACCAUGGUUACUCUAUCGACGACUAACGGUAUCUUGUACGCGUACACGCAGGAUCGGGAGCUCGCUGUGGGCGGGGAGUAUGUGUGGUACAUUGUAGCGUAUGAUUAUGUUUCUGGCCAGGAGAUUUGGCGCAAGAGGGUUGGUGCUGGUGGUGUGUACAACCCUGGCCCGUCGCAUCUUCAGCUUGGUGCGAAUGGAAGGAUUUACGAGGGUAUUGUUGGUGGUGUUGCCUGGGUUGAGGAUUCUCCUUCUGCUUAG